AAGGGGAUAUAUUUUCGGGAGAAAAGGGAAACCUGUUGCAAUUGUGGAGUCGCUUCCUCAAUUUGGACGAGAGAAGAGAGAGAGAGAGAGAGAGAGAGAGUAAACCCACGCCGGCAGGGAGAAAGGUUAAGUUUCGAUCCGGAGAAGGCGUCAAUUUCCGGCUCUAGGGCAUAACCUUCGGAUCUAAGCCAUGGCUGUAUCGACAGAGUUCUCACGUUUGGAAAUUUGCCAUUCACCUCCAAAGAUAUUGGUGGACACCAAGGACUCGGAAGAAGAAGAAGAAGAAGAAGAAGAAGAAGAAGAAGAAGAAGAAGAAGAAUCACCCCAUCUGGACAACACAAUGGAGGACGAAGUGGGAAUCGUUACUGACCUAACUGAUGACCCUCCAAUUGAGACUAGAAUGGAGUUGAAAGCAAACGUCCCAUAUGAGGAUACAUACGAUUCAGAUGGGGAGCCUGAUCUGAUUGUAACUGGUCCCUUUGCUGAAGAGAUGGACGCUUUUAGAGAAUACAGGGCUGAGUAUCUUGCCAUUGGGGGCUACGAUGUCACUAACUAUUUUAGACCGUCUCCAAGUUUCCCUUAUAUGUUAUGUGAUCUGCUGUAUCCUGUGAAACUUGCAUCUGGAGACUUGUACUAUGAUCAUUGCAUCCUAGCUGUCCAAAGAAUGAUUCUUUAUCUCAAUCAAAAGAGAGGGAGAAAUCUUGAAUUUGGGGAACUUGUUAAGGCAAACAGGGAAGCAACUUCUUGCUUUACAUUUUAUGCGACCUUUACUGCUACAGAAUAUGGAGAGAAACGAACAUAUCAAGCCCAGGUCCAUACCUGUAUAAAAGGUGCUGCAGUUAAGUUUUGGGAGUUCAAGGAAGCUGCAUCAAAGGAAUGAGAUGGUUUGAUUUGUUUUCUUGAUGGUUAUUCCCCUAUUCUUGCAGAAUUGUGGAGUUGGGGAAGAUUGAGGCAUGCUGUUUUUAAGGUUGCAAACUACUCUAAGUUCAAAUGAUUGAGUUGAGGAAGAUUGAAGCAUGCUGUUUUUAAGGUUGCAAACUACUCUAAGUUAAAAUGAUUGUGCGACGCGAAACUUAUUUAUGAUGACUUGGUUAUAUGCAAUUCUGAGUAUAAGAAAUUAGUAUAUGUUUUAACGCCAAUUUGAUGUUGUUUUUAGAGUUGUUAGAUGGAGGACUAAACAAAGCACUAUUCUCAAU